UGUUCAUAGUGGCAAAUUCAAACUGAACAUGGCGGCUGAGAAAGAAAAUGAGGAAAACAAACAAAACAGAAGGGGAACAGUAUGUAACAUUGUUAUAAGCCAGGAAAUGCAUCAAAGCCAGCCAGUCAUCUUUAACCCAGAUUUCUUUGUGGAGAAAAUGAGGCACGAGAGGCCCCAGGUUUUUACAGAGCUUGUACUGAGUAACAUAAGUCGCCUCAUCGAUUUACCUGGAGCAGAGUUUGCCCAGCUACAGGGAGAGGUGGAGUCCAAGCUACCUGCUUCUACAGGCUUUCUGCGUCUUCCCAGCUUCUUAAAGCGUAAAGAGAAAGGAGUGAUUUUUGGAGCCCCAUUAACCGAGGAGGGCAUUGGCCAAAUUUAUCAGCUUAUAGAGUACCUUGGAAAAAACUUGCAGAUGGAGGGCCUGUUUCGUGUGCCUGGAAACAGCAUCAGACAGCAGGCCUUGAGGGAGAUGCUAAACAGCGGUGCCGAUGUCGACCUGGACACCGGGGAUUACCACCCACACGAUGCUGCCACGUUGUUCAAAGCCUUUCUCGGAGAGCUGCCCGAGCCGCUGCUGACCCACCGGCAUUAUCUUGCGCAUCUCAAAAUAGCAGAAAUGACAUUAUUUGAUGAAAAAGGUAACAAGACGACCGUUCCAAACAAAGAGCGUCAGAUCGAAUCCCUGCAGCUGCUUUUUAUGCUGCUUCCUCCGGGCAACCGCAGCCUCCUCAAACUGCUGCUGGACCUACUCUACCAGACCGCCAAGCAGCAGGACAAAAAUAAAAUGUCAGCUUUUAAUCUGGCACUUAUGUUCGCACCACAUAUCAUCUGGCCCAAAAAUGUUACAGCGAAUGACCUUCAGGAUAAUUUAAAUAAGCUAAAUAAUGGCAUUGCCUUCCUGAUCAAGCAUUCACAAAAGUUGUUUCGGGCACCAACGUACAUCAAAGAACAUGCACGAAUGCUCUUCACUGGUUCAAAAUCUCCUCAAUCAAAGGAUGACAUGGACCUGUAUGACGGCGCUGUUAGCCGAGGCGCUUUGCCCUCUAAGAGAAGCAGCGAGGAGCCGGAUGGUGUUGGAACAAUGCACACACAGGAAGCUCUGCGCGAGCUCUUCCAACAAGUCAGCAAAAUGCCUGAUUCAGCUAAGAAGAAGAAAAUCAUUCGACAGUUUAACAAGCAGGGAACUCCAGUUCGUGAAAGCUCCAGGCCUCCGAACCCAAAGCAUGGUCGUUCCCGGUCCUUCGGAGGCCUCAUCAAGAAAAAAGUUUUGGGACACCACAGUACAAACGACCGUGCUGGAACUGGGACAAACAUAACCAAAGAGGUGCCCAAAGGCAAUGAUUCAUCAUCCCUAAAACAGACCCUCCUUUCACCUGCCCAGCAUUCCAGUUUAAGCAUUUAACUUUAUUAUUUUGGAUUGUUUUACACAGUAUUUAUUUAAACUUAACAAACAAUAGAUGGUUUCUAUGCAAACACACUUUUAUCGAAGGCAGUUUCUACUUGAGUUAGGUUUUUAAAUAGUGUAUUUGUCUGUGAAAGAGAGAAAUUAACAUUGCAUUAAAAUUUUCUCUAAAUAAGCACCCGGCUGUUACUAAGAGAGGUCAAGUAUGGAAUAUGUACCUAGAAAGUUUGAGCAUGUGUUGUUAAAGGUGGACCUGCUAAUUCAGAAGGUAAUGAAUAGAUUACGUCUGUAAAUUCAGGAUACUGUCGUAAGGGGUGAAUUUUACAUAGUUCACAUAUACAACAAUACACAUUGAUUCAGUUCUUCUUGAAUAUGUUUUAAACUUUGAAAAUAUACAUCCGGCAACUUGGGAUUAUUUAUUUGCUGGUAUAAAAGGUUUUGGGAUGUGAUUUCUGUCAUGGCUUUCUAAUUUCUUGUUAGUAUUUAUGGUUACUAUAACUGGGGACUAUAACUGGGCACACGUUAAAAAGUACCAUUGAUGUCAUAGUUGAAAUACUUGUCGUCUUUGUGGUUUGCAAAGGAAAUCCAAACUAUUACAGAAUGCUGUGAAUUAUCUGCAGUCAGGUGUGUUACAUUACAUUUGCACAGCAGUCUCUUAGCCUGGCUGUACACAGUGGUACCUGGGUUACAGUGGCUUCUAAUCCAGGACAAUUUUUUUGUAUUUUGUUUAUACAUUUUUUCCCGACUUUUCUCCUCUCCACUAAUGCCGAUCCCCACUCUGAUUGAGGAGAACAAAGCUAACCCACACCCCCUCCGACACGUGGGCAGCAGCCGUAUGCAUCUUUUUAUUUGCACUAGGCCAGUGCUAAUGCUGAGCAGCCCUGUGUACGGAGAGACACACCCUGAAUAACGCACUCCUUCCCCACCCCUGUGCAGGCUCUAUCAAUCAGUUGCAUCAGUUACGAGGAGACCCUAUCCGGCUUACUACUACCCCACCCCUAAAUGAACAACAGGCCAAUCGUUGUUCAUGUUGCCGCUCAGCCCAGCCAGAUGACAGAGCUGUGAUUCGAUACAAUGUAUUCAAGAUCUCGCUGUGCCACCUGAGCGGCCGACAAGAUGGGUUUUAACUGACCCUGGAAAGAAAUCACUUCUCCACUUAAGGUGCAUUCAAACAGAAAAACUUAUUCAGGCACAACAUACGGUCACCAGAUGUAGUCAGUUAUAAUUACUAAAGUAGAAUUAGAAGCCAUGCAACAAGUUAACUAACAUUUUUAAAUGUUAACAUUUUUUUUUUAAGAAUAUUGUGAAUAUUAGUCUAAUUUUGGUUACUUCUGUCUUUAUUUUUUCUUUUAAAUAUGUUUUAUUGUGAUAGAUUUUUGCUUUAUAUGAAAAAGCUUGAGCCUUAACUUUUUUACGCCUAGACCGAUCAGCCAUAACAUUAAAACCACCUCCUUGUUUCUACUCACUGUCCAUUUUAUCAGCUCCACUUACCACAUAGAGGCACUUUGUAGUUCUACAAUUACUGACUGUAGUCCAUCUGUUUCUCAGCAUGCUUUGUUAACCCCCUUUCAUGCUGUUCUUCAAUAGUCAGGACCCCCACAGGACCACUACAGAGUUGGUAUUAUUUGGGUGGUGGAUCAUUCUCAGCACUGCAGUGACACUGACAUGGUGGUGGUGUGUUAGUGUGUGUUGUGCUGGUAUGAGUGGAUCAGACACAGCAAUGCUGCUGCAGUUUUUAAACACCUCACUGUCACUGCUGGACUGAGAAUAGUCCGCCAACAGCGACCCGUGGGCAGCGUCCUGUGACCACUGAUGAAGGUCUAAAAGAUUACCAACUCAAACAACAGCAAUAGAUGAGCUACAAGGUGGACCAACCAGGUAGGAGUGUCUAAUAGAGUGGACAGUGAGUGGACACGGUAUUUAAAAACUCCAGCAGCGCUGCUGUGUUUGAUCCACUCAUACCAGCACAACACACACUAACACACCACCACCAUGUCAGUGUCACUGCAGUCCUGAGAAUGAUCCACCAUUUAAAUAAUACCUGCUCUGUGGGGGUCCUGACCAUUUGAAGAACAGCAUGAAAGGGGGCUAACAAAGCAUGCAGAGAGUCAGUAAUUGUAUGGUAAGUGGAGCUGAAUGGACAGUGAAUGUAGAAACAUGGAGGUGGUUUUAAUGUUAUGGAUGAUCAGUGUAUAUUUUAAGUGUGAAUAUUUGAGUCUUUACUGCUGGUCUUAAUUUUUUAACUGUGACCUUUAUUACUGAAACCACUGUUUAUUAUUUCCAUUCUUACAUAAUUUACUACUGUUUUAUUUGGGUUUCUGUAUUUAUUUCAUUUAAUAUUUUAACAUGCCUUGGUGCUUUUAUUAUUUACUUUUCAUUUCUAUUUUUCUUUUCAUGUAGUGUUUUUUUUUAACCUUUUACCCCCCCAUACUCCAAUGUUAUCAGUUAUAAAAGCUAAUCAACAUGCUUGUUCGGGUAAAGUAUGUGCAGGUAUACGUGCAGAUGGAUCAGUACUACUGUGUCUUGGUUUAUGUGGAAAAGGCAUUACUGCAUUGUGCAAUUAUAUCUGCUUGUGACAUUAAAUCAAAAACAUUUCUAACACCA